UACCUGCCCCAGAAUAAGCCAGUGCUGCUGGAUGUGGUGGAGCCAGGGGGAAGAGUCCGCCGCUGUAAUCUGCCACCUGUCCACCUGAGUGGCUCCUUAGGCGGAGUCCUAGUGCUUCAAAAUGCUAAAAGAAAGGGGAGGAAACCAUCGCGGUUCUUUCUACUCACAACCGGAUGGUAAUUAUUCAGUGCUGUUGGAAUCUUUGUGCUGGGGGAACUCUGUGCAGGGAAUUCCGGAACCCUAUUAAAAUGACGAUAGCCCAAGAAGUAAGUUACUCUAGAAUGUCGGCAAGAGAUUGUCCAGGGGAAACUCUGAGAGACAGUUAGAAGGGCAAUCCAGUCACCAACUGGUGAUUCCCAAAGCUUUCAAAACCAUGCUGCAAGAUCCUCUCGUUUGGGGAUAUGACAGGGACAACGGACCAGAUAGCUGGCAUAAGCUUUUUCCUAUUGCCAAUGGAAGGCGUCAGUCCCCUAUUGAUAUUAAGCUCUGGAACGCCAAGUUUGACAGCUCUCUGAGACCUCUGAAUUUUAACUACGAUUCUUCAACAGCUCAAGGAAUUGUCAACAAGGGUUAUUCUUUCAAUGUAGAGUUCGAUGAUUCUAGUGACAAAUCGGUGCUAAGUGGAGGACCUCUAACUGAGAGAUACAGGUUGGCUCACUUCAGUUUUCACUGGGGUUGCAGGGAUGAUCAAGGCUCAGAGCACAGUAUUGAUGACCUGAAAUAUGCAGCGGAGCUCCAUUUGGUUCACUGGAAUACAAAAUACAAUUCCUUCUGCGAUGCGAUACACCAUUCUGACGGACUAGCUAUAGUGGGUGUUUUUUUGAAAAUAGGAAAUUCUGAGCCUGAACUACAGGAAGUCAUCGAUGCAUUAGAUGCCAUUAAACAAAGAAAUAUGCAUGCUGUUUUUACAGACUUCAAUCCAGUUUGCCUUCUUCCUGAUAACCUCGACUUUUGGACUUAUGCAGGCUCCCUGACCAUUCCUCCUCUUUUAGAAUGUGUGAUUUGGAUCGUCUUACGGGAGCCCAUUAAUAUCAGCAAAGAACAGCUAUCUAAAUUUCGAAGUCUUUACUCCACUUCUAAGGGAGAACAUCCCCAGAGGCACAUGGUGGCAAACUGGCGCCCACGUCAGCCUCUGCAGGGCAGACAGGUUAGAAGGUUCUUAAAAUAAGAUUAUCAUCACUAGAAAUACUGCUUCUCAAAAGGAAGGGAUUCUCUAGAUAAACACAAGUCAAUCCUAAAUCAUCAUUCUAUGCUUGGGCCGCAUUCUCCCCUAGUCUUCUAGUCCCUUUGGCUUUUGUUCUAAAUGUUUUUAUUCAGGAAAUGUGAAAGGUUGACUCAUGGUUCAAUGGAAAGCACACUGCAUCUGGAAUUAAAUGACUGAUUUAAAUCCAA